AUGGGGGCAGUUAGUGAAAGAGAAGAAAAGAAACAUAAAUGUGGAGCCAGAGGACGCCUUGUGCAGGCCAGGCUGUUCUUACGUGGACACAGAAAGCACGUUUCCCGAGGCGAUAGAAUUUGGUCAUGGGUGUGCAGGCCUGCAACGUGCUCAGAUGGAAGGUUGUUCCAGCGAUACCGAGACCUGGCGCCACAGCUUGUGCCACUCGAUUACACGGAUAAUCCUGAUGUGAAGAUCCCUUAUGAACUGAUCGGCAACAUGCCUGAGCUGAAGGACAAUCCCUUUCGGCAGAGGAUAGCAGAGGUGUUCUCCCAGGACAACCAGGGCAACAUGACUUUGGACGACUUUCUGGAUAUGUUCUCUGUACUGAGUGAAAUGGCCCCACGUGAUCUGAAGGCAUGUUAUGCAUUUAAGAUUUAUGAUUUUAACAAUGAUAAUUUUAUCUGUAAAUCGGAUUUGGAGAAGACUUUGAUCAAACUGACUCGAAAUGAGCUGACGCCGGAGGAGGUGACGCUGGUGUGUGACAAGGUUCUGGGGGAAGCAGAUCUGGACAAUGAUGGCAAAAUAUCACUGGAGGAUUUUCAGCACAUGCUUGUGCGCUCACCGGACUUCCUCAGCACUUUCCACAUCCGAAUCUGA